ACACAUGUUUUGUUAUGUUACCUUUUAGCAAGGCUUCCUUAUUAGCUGUCAAGUUUAUAAACAGUUACGAAUUUUCUAAGGUACCCUGUUGUUCCUACUGAGGCUGACAAACAUGUGAGAAUAUAGCACGACGGUCCAGAUUGGUUGCCCUUUUGUAAAGUUGAGAAUUUUCGGUGCGAAGGGAAAUAUGAGGAAAUGCGGAUCUUAUGUUUGAUUUACUCCAGUCACAAGGAUUUGAGGUGCCUUUUUUCUCCGGAUCUGUCCUGUAAACCUGCCGGUGAGACCAGCAAACAAUGGCAGUUAUCGUUUUGAUAACAAGGGCGGGCUGAUCUUCUAAUGAUGCUGUGCUCAUAGUUAUGCAGAAGAUGCACCAAAACAGAACGCCGAACGAGAAUAUCCUUCUGGUAUAUCAAACAUCUUCCGGUGUUCAGAUGUCACCUAAGGUGUUUGGAAUGAGCAAUCGCACCAUACGAAGGAAAAUUGCUCAAAUGAACGAAUCUGAGGAAGAGCGAAAAAUGCGACUCGAGGCCGAUGCCCGACGAAAGCGGCUGCGCCGAGCAAGUGAGACGUUGGCUGAGCGUCAGCAGCGUUUAGCAACGGCUGCGGAACGCCAACGCGCACGUCGUGCUAAUGAAACUCCAGAAGAACGCAUACGUCGGCUUGCUAUGGAUGCAGACCGUCAAAGAGAGCGUCGAGCCAACGAAUCGCCUAUGGACAGGCAACGCCGACUCGCCAUGGACGCUGAACGCCAACGGGAGCGUCGUGCAAAAGAGUCCGCCGUCGAGAGGCAACAUAGACUAGCGAUGGACGCCGAACGGCAGCGCGAGCGUCGAGCAAACGAAUCUGUUGCGGAACGUCAGAAAAGGCUUGCUUCCGACUCUGAAAGGCAUAUGGAACGCCGAGCCAAUGAGUCGGUUGAACAACGUCAACAAUCACAGCUAGAACAUGAUCAGCAGCAGCCACAGCAGCAACACCAAAGGGUUCUGGAAGCCCCUGAAAGGACGGAACAAUUAAUAGAGGUGAAAUAUAAGGUGGUUGCAAUGCAAGAUGAAUCUGGAUGUGAGUUGAUUAAAACAACGCCAGAUAUUUGCAAUAUGGCCACUACUGGAGUGGCUGGCACGCAGAAUUGUGGCGAAACGACCGUGAAGGCAGAGUACGGUCCUGAGUUGCAGUAUUUGUACGAAGAUUACUCGAAAUUAUCGGGUUUAAACCGACGAUCUGCGCCACUAGCAUGGCACCAGUACCAUACUAUACAUGUGAGAGCGUUGCAAGUGCCAAUAUUAUCCACCACCUCAAUGACACCGGAAUCUAACACUCAUGUAGUUACUGUGGCAUCAGCCCCUGCAGUACCAUCGAUUGAACAGACAGCCUGCACAGAACUCGUUGCUAAAAAUCUUCCGACACAUAUUGUCACCCAGGAGUAACUCAACUCCUAAGAAACACGUCACAAAAACUACUGAAUUAGCUGUUUAAAAGAUAAGACGUGUAUCUAAACGAAGCAUUUAUUGGACUGUAUAUAUGGAGACACGAUAUCCAAGUACGAAACGGCGCAACACAUACGUGGCAUUUUAAGAAGGGACCUAUCCUAUUCCAUAGAAUGCGAGGGAUUUGAAAAAAAAAAA